CAAGGCCCCUCGCGCCCGGCCGCCGUGCACCCGCCCCCCGCGCCGCCCCCGUCCCCCGUCCCCCGUCCCGCCGCCACGCCCCAGGCGGAGGCGCGGGCCCGCGGGCACACGGCCCAGCCCAGGACGACAUGCGGCCGCUCGGCUACCUGGUUCCGCUCAUGGUCCUGUGCGCGGCGCUGGGGGCGCAGGUGGCCGCGCACCCGGCCCCCGCCGCCAAGGGCCUGGCCUCGUCCGCCGACAAGAAGAAGACCAAGCCGCACAGGACGGCGAGCACGGCGGGUGGGCGCAGGCCGGCGGGCGGGGAGGACACCACGUCCGGCGGCGGGCCCGACCUGGGCAGGAGCGGGCUGGCGCUCGCGGCCGCGACGGUGGGCGGAGCGGGGCAGGGCGUGACCGCGGCGUCGGACAGGGACAGCCGGCCCGACAGCGACAGCGCUCCAGACGGCGCCGUGCUCAAGUCCAGCGUCACCAGCAGGACGCCGACGAAGCAAGGCGCGUACCCGUUCCUCGUGGCCGUGCAGAGGAUCUGCGGCAGCUGCCAGACGCGCCACUCGUGCGGCGGGGUGCUGCUGGCGCCCCAGUGGGUGCUGGGCGUGGCGCAGUGUGCCGAGACGCAGCCGGGCGAGUACCUCGUGGUGCGGGCCGGCGAGAGCUUCAUCUGGCCGGGUGGCCAGACUCCCACGCAGAAGGUCGUCGAGGUCGUCUGGCACGAGGCGCCCUCUUCCACAGAUGACUACCCGCGCUACGACUUGAUCCUCCUGCGGCUGGAGAACCCGUUCACGUUCGGCGAGUUCAUCAACGCCAUCAACAUGGCGCCGCCCAGCCACACCGAACUAAACCAUAAUAGGUAA